GCAGGCAGACACGGUGGCUCCGUGGGAGAAGGGAGUGCUCUCAGGACGUCCGCUCUGCACGCUGAAGGGCAGGAUGGUUCUGAGCGGGGCCCUGUGCUUUCGAAUGAAGGAUGCGGCAUUGAAGGUGCUUUAUCUGCAGGAUAACCAGCUGCUGGCCGGGGGGGUGCACGCAGGGAAGGCCGUGAAAGGCGAGGAGAUCAGUGUUGUCUCCAAUCGGUUUCUGGACGACAGCCUUUCUCCAGUCAUCCUGGGCGUCCAGGGAGGGAGCCAGUGCCUGUCGUGUGGGACGGGGCAGGAACCGACUCUGAAACUAGAGCCAGUGGACAUUAUGGAGCUCUACCGCAGCCCCAAGGAUUCCAGGGGCUUCACCUUCUACAGGCGGGACACGGGGCUCACCUCCAGGUUCGAAUCGGCUGCCUUCCCGGGCUGGUUCCUCUGCACGGUGCCCGAAGCGGACCAGCCUCUCAGACUCAGCCAGCUCCCGGGAGAUGCCAGCUGGGACCACCCCAUCAUGGACUUCUACUUCCAGCAAUGUGACUAGGGCAACCCACCUCCCAGGACCCCGGGGCAGAGCCCGCAGGGGUGAGUGGAGGAGGAGGAGGAGGCCCAGGCGACCACGCUCCUCUGUUCUCAGGCCCCCACUUGAUUGACUUGGCACAUGGCCACUCUCCCUUCUCCUAGUUCCCAGUUUGGGUAAAUCCUUCUAGAUUUGGCGAUUAGUUCCUUCCAUUUCUUUCCCUGCUGGGUGGCGCUCCUGGUGUGGAACCUUGCAAAAAUGACAUAAGGUAAAAAAGGGGAAUGGUGGGAAUCCUCAUCCUUCAUGGUACCUUGCCCAGUGCCCCUGAACCCCACAGGCCAGCCCCGUCCCAACUUGAGCCUAUUAGGGCCUCCAGCUGCCCACAUGGGGUCCCAUCACCACCCCUGUGCAGGGUCAAGGGUUAGGGACCCAAGGCCCAGUUCCUUCCCCUUCCCUUAAUUCAGCUGCCAUCAUAUGUGCCUUCUCCAUCCCCACCAUCACGCUCUCACCAUGGGCCUAGCAGGGUGGUGGUGCCCAAGGGCGUGGCUCCAGCUUGGAAGGCUGAGGUUGGGCAGGCAGUCACUCCUUUUGAAACCCAAGGUACAAUUACAAUCCAAGAUGCUGGUGUCUGUUCACAUGGAGAUGCUCUCGACACAGUAAGCGAGAAGAGCAAGUUACACAGUGGCGUAGCUUCUAAUUCCAUUUUAAUUAAAAAUACAUAUUUAAUUAAAAAUAUAGGAAAAAGUCUUUAAGAGUUUGCUUCAAUUUUAGCAAUGUCAGGCUGCUGGUAUUAAGGUGACACUCUUGUUGUUGUUCUUUUGUUUACUUAUAUAUUCUAAUUGUUCUACACUGAAGAUGGAUUACCUGUGUCAUGAUCAGAAGAAUUAAUUUCGAGGUGAACAGAGCAGAUAUCAUUUCUAGCUGUCCUCGGCUCCCACUUCCCAGGAGUGAGAUCGGGUGGUUGCCUUCUGCUGCUUUGGUCGGCAGCAGCGAGAGUCAGAUCUCAGCAGGCUGGGAAGGAGGGCCCGGUGGGUGCCUGUGGCUGGAGUCUCCUGGGGAGGGAACCGACAGAGAGAACACCCUGCACUUUGACCGGGAGUGGCCACGGUCCCUGAGAUUUCAGGGUGUGGGAUUCAGCCUCCCAGGGUCUCCAGUGCUGGUUGAGUAUGUCCCCCUAAAUUCGUGUCCUUCUGGGAACCUCAGACCGUGCCCUGAUUUGGAGAUAGGGCCCUCGCAGGUGCCAUUGGUUGAGGCCACGCUGUAUUGGAUGGGCCCUCACCCAAUAUGCCUGCUGUCCUGGUAAGAACAGGAGGCCCAGGGAAGGCCGUGUGGAGACUGAGGCAGAGACUGGAGCUGAGCUACAGUAAGGCAGGAGCGCCGUGGCCGAGGCGCCCCCCGGGAGGAGGCAUUGUCCUGCCAGUCUCCCCGGCUGAGAGAGAGCACUUCCCUGGUGUUUUAAGCCGCCAAGUCUGUGGUAAUUGGCCACGGCAGCCCUGGAGAAUGAAUGGCCUGGACUCCUGGGGUCCACACACUGCGUCCCCUCCCACAUUGCACCAGCCCUCUCUGUGACCAGUAGAAUAUGGCAGAAGGAAUGUGGUGCCACUUCUGAAACUCCCACUGCUUCUACGUUGGUCGCUCUCGUUUCCUUGUUCCCUUGAGCUGGGGAAGCAGCUGCAUGUUGUAAGCAGCCAAUAGAAACCCGAGCGGUGAAAAAUGAAGCCUCUUGCCAAGAGCUACGUGGAGCGUGGAAAUGGCCCCUCCAGCCCUGGUCAGGCAGCCAUGACGCUGCUGGCUGCAACCUGGGAGGAUAGUGACACAGCCAAGCUGCUGUAGGCACCCCCCUCCCCCAAGACCAAGGAAGAAGAUAAAUACCUGGUGCUUUCAGUGACUAAGUUUUGGGGGUCACUUGUCAGGCAGCAAUAGAUGACUAAUACACAGGGAAGAGAAGUAAAUGCAUUUAUUUUACUGUGAUUGCGAUUUUCUCCAAUAUUUUCAUUUUCCUUCUCAAAGUGAAUGUUGGCCCCUUUACUUCCUUAAACAUUCUAUUUAAAAGUUGCUCAUAUUAAAUUUGCCAAAUAUUCUGUUUCUGCAAGUUUUAGUUCUUCCUUGACUACCUUUGUACCUCCAGCCAUGCGUGCCAGGACUGUGACCCCAGUGUUCCCACCUAAACCCUGGGGAUGAGAGCAGAGGCCAGGGAGGGGUUCAAAUCUGAGCCAGGUGUUGCACCUGCUCCUCACCUGUCAGACCAGCAUGGUUUCACUGAGGACUAACAAGGGGUGGCCAGGCCAGAGGGUCUGCCUCCUAGACCUUCAGCCACAGCCUCCCAGGCCUGAGUGCUGAGCACAUGGCUCCAGGCACCAGGCUAUUUCUGUAGAUCCAGUUCACACUCUGUGCCCACAGGCCCAGCCAUGGUCCCUAAUUGUCACCUCUUCUGAGGAGCAUCUGCUGAAUUGAGAUCCCUGGUCACCUGUUCUGACAUUGUCUUAUGUGUUCCUCUAUGUGACCUCCCCCUCAUUGUAGUAAGCUGACUUGGGGUCUCUGGUCCCUAAUUUGACCUCAAAGUCAAGGCUGCAUCAGCUUGUUUCCAAGUACCUUGCAUAAUCUUUGGCAAUUGGAAUCCAGUGAGUGGGAUGUGGAAGCCAUUUCUUACUCUGGCACAUUCUCUUUCCUCCUCCAUCUAAAUUUCAGCUGCUCCACCCUCAGGGAGCAGCUGAAAUCCCUUCAAGCUUCUACAGCCUGAAAUGGCUCUUCAUCAUUUGUAGGAUGGUAAAACUCAAGAGGGAUUUAACAGGGAUGAGCAUGUAGCAGGGGAAUUAUAACCACCCCAUCAUUCUUUUGACAUUGUUUCUGUAAAUGCUGACUCUAGUAUGUUGCUUGUAGAUAAAAAGCAUGUUUGUAUAAGAAUCCUAGGAACUAACUUUAGAAGAUACAGACUCCAACCUUCAGUUGUUCCUGACCUUCAACUGUAAAACCAGGAUGAUGCAAAACCAGGAUGAUGCACACCAGACCAUCACUUGACCAAGAUCCUUAUUGGAAUGGACUGUACUGGUCUGCAUGUAGAGGACUUUCCAACACAAUCUUCUUGAUCUCUUUGUUCUACUUUCCCUCUCCCUCCUUAUACAAAUGCUGUCUGCACUGAGAUGUUGGGAUGGGCUAUGGACAAGAGUCCCUCAUCUUCUCAGGUGACUAGCACUUGAAUAAACCUCUUUCC